AUGAGUGGAUUCCGUGUAUUAGAUUUAGUGAAACCUUUCAGUCCCUUCUUACCAGAAGUCAUUGCUCCAGAACGUAAAGUUCAGUUCCAACAACGUGUGAUGUGGACGAUCAUUACUUUGUUGAUUUUCUUGGUUAUGUCCGAAAUCCCAUUAUAUGGUAUUGUUUCUAGUGAUUCCAGUGAUCCAUUAUUCUGGUUGAGAAUGAUGUUGGCUUCCAAUAGAGGUACCUUAAUGGAAUUGGGUAUUUCUCCAAUUAUUUCCUCCGGUAUGUUGUUCCAAUUGUUACAAGGUACCAAGAUUAUCCAUGUUGAUAUGCAAAACAAGAAUGAUAGAGAAACUUUCCAAACUGCUCAAAAAUUGUUGGCCAUGUUGUUGGCUGUUGGUCAAGCCACCGUCUAUGUCUUGACUGGUAUGUACGGUAGACCAAGUGACUUGGGUUUUGGUGUUUGUUUGUUGUUGAUCUUGCAAUUGGUCUUUGCCAGUACCAUUGUUAUUUUGUUAGAUGAAUUGUUACAAAAGGGUUAUGGUUUAGGUAGUGGUGUUUCCUUAUUCACUGCCACCAACACUUGUGAACAAGUCUUCUGGAAAGCUUUUGCACCAACCACUUCUUCUUCCGCUAAAGGAACUGAAUUUGAUGGUGCUGUUGUUGCUAUGUUCCACUUGUUGGGUUCUAGAAAGGACAAAAAGAGAGCUUUGAUUGAAGCUUUCUACAGACCAAACUUGCCAAACAUGUUCCAAUUGUUGGCCACCUUGGUUGUUUUCUUCACUGUUGUCUACUUGCAAGGUUUCAGAAUUGAAUUGCCAAUGAAAUCCACCAGACAACGAGGACCAUAUGGUAUGUACCCAAUUAGAUUGUUCUACACUUCAAACAUUCCAAUUAUGUUGCAAAGCGCCUUGUCCUCCAACAUUUUCAUUAUUUCUCAAUUAUUAUUCAUGAGAUGGCCAAACAACUUGUUUAUCAAAUUAUUGGGUACUUGGGACGCCAGACCAGGUUCUUCCCAAUUGUACGCCAACGGUGGUUUAGCUUACUACAUUCAACCACCAUUCAGCUUUACUGAAGCUUUGUUGGACCCAAUCAAGACCACCAUUUACAUUGCCUUUGUCUUGGGCUCCUGUGCUGUUUUCUCCACCACCUGGAUUGAAAUCAGUGGUACUUCUCCAAGAGACGUUGCCAAACAAUUCAAGGAACAAGGUUUGGUUAUUGCUGGUCACAGAGACACUUCUGCCUACAAGGAAUUGAAGAAAAUCAUCCCAGUUGCUGCUGCCUUUGGUGGUGCCACCAUUGGUGCUUUAUCUGUUGUUUGUGAUUUGAUGGGUACUUUGGGUUCUGGUACUUCUAUUUUGUUGGCUGUCACUACCAUUUACGGUUACUAUGAAUUGGCUGUCAAAGAAGGUGGAUUCAGCAAAUCACUUGUCAGUGGAUUCUCUGACGGUAUUUAG